AUGACUUAUUUCGAAGCAUCUUCAUCAAUAGAGAAUGAUUUUGAUGAUAACAGCAACGACGAAGAUUUUCUUAUUGCACUUCAAUUGCAAAAUCAAUUUGAUAACGAAGAAAAAGAAAACGAAGGACAAAUAAACAAGAUCACUCAGAUUCAUCCAAUGAAUGUCGUUGACCAACAAUGGGAACUAACUGAUCCGAAUCCAAAUAUUUAUACGUUAUUUCAACAAUUCAACCAUCAGUUUUUCUACAGUAAACUAGAUAGCGUCUAUGUCGAAUGGAGCAAACGUAUGACGCGAUGUGCAGGUAUUUGUUAUUAUCGACGAGGCGGCGAAUGUCGAAUUGCUCUCAGCGCAAGUUAUUUAACACUGCGACCCCGAAAAGAUCUCGUUGAGACAUUAUUACACGAAAUGAUCCAUGCGUAUCUAUUUGUCACUCACAAUAAUCGAGAUCGCGAUGGUCAUGGACCAGAAUUUCUUAAACAUAUGGUACGAAUUAAUAGUGCAACUGGUGCUAACAUCACUGUAUACCAUUCGUUUCACGAUGAAUACGAUCAUCUUCAUGGUCAUUGGUGGCGAUGUACGGGGGCAUGCCGUCAAUGGAAACCUUUCUACGGUUAUGUGAAACGAUCAAUGAAUCGAGCACCGUCGAAUCGAGAUCGAUGGUGGGACGAACACGAGAAACGUUGUGGUGGUAAAUUUGAGAAGAUAAAAGAGCCGGAUAAUUACAAAACAAAGACAAGUAAAAAACGUAAUGCUAAUGAGAUGACGUCAAAUAACAAUGAAACUCUACCUUCAUCGAGUCAAAAUGUAUCACCAAAGAAAAAGAAGAAAACAACAACAACAGCUUCUAACAAUACAACACUGAAUCAAGGUACUAUUGAUACUUUUUUCAAAAAAGCAAAAUCUUCGUCGACGUCGUCGUCGACAAUAACAGCUAAAACGCAGUCCGAAGUGAGGAAGUCAACUGGAACAACUUCGCCGAGUAUAUCUAAUCAUACCGAUGAACAGAAAAUCAAUUAUGGUAAAUGUCCAACGUGUGAUGUUCUUCUACCAAAAGCAAAUUUAUUUAUUCAUCAAGUACGAUGCUACAAAAAAUGA